AUGGCUGCCGCAGCGAUGUAUCUGGUGCCAAACCUUGAACUUCUUCAGACGUUUCUACCGUCGUUGACUACAAUGCUGCCCUGCGUCGCCCCCCUGUGGGUCUUUGCGGCCAAGUGCGUGGAGCUAUAUAGCAGGGUUCCAUGCGCUUCCCUACUUUCGUUUGGCGCGCCCUAUACCCUCCUGAUCAAGAAGAGAGAAUUGUUCAAGCCAUCGUAUUUCCUUCGGCAUCAUACUAUGACCGCUCUCAUACUAUCAAUGCUUCAGUACACGCUAAGCAUGAUCUACUUCAAGGGCAUCAGUGCCUCGCGCACAGCAUCGGGGACAACUCAUGAGACAAUCGUCUUGUCGCUGUUUCUCGUCGCACAGACGCUCUUAUUGAGCUCCAUGCUUAGUGCUAUUGGCGCAAAGUAUGCGUGGGUGCCAGUUGUGACCGAGGCUGUAGCUACUUUGAUUUCAGUCCCUGCAGUUGCCCAGAGGACGCCUGUUCUUGCUACUGAAGACACAUGGAACAUCCUGUCGGUCGUCCCUCAAGUGACAGUUGAAGACGUGGCUAUUGAUCACUUUCCAGAAGGCGGCAGCGACUCGUCGACAGCAAUACUGAGUCAAAUUCCGGAGGAGUACAUUGACGAAACCGCUGUUUCGACCGACUUCUGGUUGAGAGGGCCCACAGCGAACAAGCCGUGGCCACCCAAAGAAUUCCCCGAGAAGCCAUACUUCCCCGAGUUCCCUGAGUUUCCCGAAAUACCAACAACAACGACCACAACCACGGCCGAUCCCACCACAACUACAACGACCGCUACAACGACUACAAGCACUUCGACGACAACAAGUACAACUACCUCGACCACGACAACUUCCACAACAACUAGUACAUUUACUUCAACCACGACCACUACAACUUCGACGACAACCAGUACGACCACUUCAACGAUAACUAGCACAACCACUUCAACGGCGCCUACCACGACAUCCAGCACCACAACCACCACGUCAAAGUCUUCCCAAACCACUACGACAGAAGACGGAAUGUCAAAACCACCCAAAAAAGAGUCUUGCUUCCUAAGGCUUGCGCGGCUGUUCAUGUUAUUCUUCGGCAGGGAUAUUGGGGGGAAAGAGGCCACGCAGAGCAACUCUGUGGACUCCAGCGCUGUUGAGGGGCAAGAAGAGAGUAUUGCACAUCUUCUUGAGCGGCUCCACGACGCCGUUUCUGAUAUGAGUGAGGAUAUCACCACGAUGGUGAGCCAGCUGACGCAUGAGCCAGCCGUGUCGCCGUCCCCACGAGCUCUCCGUGGCGUAGCCGUCUGA